CAGUAUGGUGGCUGGGGGCCGGAGGAGCUGAGGCGCCGGUCGUGUCGGGAAUCCGUGUCCAUCUUGCACGGGAGGUGCGGCGACGGGCUUGAUUCUCUCGCUAGUGUCGAGCGGCGAGACCAAAGCCGCGAUGGCAUCCGAAACCGUAGGACUGUGAGGCAUCAGAACGAGAGCCAGCAGACCGGGCAGAGCAACAGAACCGGGUCGCGGACGAGCCGAGCUGCCGCCAUGGAGCUGAGGGUUGGGAACCGGUACCGGCUGGGCCGGAAGAUCGGGAGUGGCUCCUUCGGGGAUAUCUACCUGGGAACUGAUAUUGCUGCCGGAGAGGAGGUUGCAAUAAAGUUGGAAUGUGUGAAAACCAAACAUCCUCAGCUCCACAUCGAGAGUAAAAUCUACAAAAUGAUGCAGGGUGGAGUGGGUAUUCCCACAAUUAAGUGGUGUGGAGCUGAAGGGGACUACAAUGUUAUGGUGAUGGAGUUGUUGGGACCGAGUCUUGAAGAUCUCUUCAAUUUUUGUUCAAGGAAAUUUAGUCUCAAGACAGUCCUAUUACUUGCUGACCAAAUGAUUAGUCGAAUUGAAUAUAUUCACUCUAAGAACUUCAUCCACCGAGAUGUGAAGCCAGAUAACUUCUUAAUGGGCCUGGGGAAGAAAGGCAAUCUUGUCUACAUAAUAGACUUUGGACUAGCAAAGAAGUAUCGGGAUGCUCGAACUCAUCAACAUAUUCCAUAUCGUGAAAAUAAAAACUUAACGGGAACUGCCCGUUAUGCAUCCAUCAACACUCAUCUUGGAAUUGAGCAAUCUCGCAGAGAUGACUUGGAGUCCUUGGGCUAUGUACUGAUGUAUUUUAACCUGGGCUCCCUCCCCUGGCAGGGACUGAAAGCAGCAACAAAGAGGCAGAAAUACGAACGUAUCAGUGAAAAGAAAAUGUCUACACCCAUUGAGGUUUUGUGUAAAGGAUAUCCUUCCGAAUUUGCCACAUACUUGAAUUUCUGCCGUUCUUUGCGUUUUGAUGACAAGCCGGACUAUUCCUAUUUAAGGCAAUUAUUCAGAAACCUUUUUCAUCGGCAAGGAUUCUCCUAUGACUAUGUAUUUGACUGGAACAUGCUGAAGUUUGGUGCAAGCAGAGCAGCUGAAGAUGCUGAACGUGAAAGACGGGAACGAGAGGAAAGAUUAAGACAUACACGAAAUCCAGCUGUACGUGGAUUACCCUCUACUGCUUCUGGCAGGAUAAGAGGAACACAAGAUGUAGCUCCUCCUACUCCCCUUACCCCAACUUCACAUGCUGCCAACACCUCUCCUCGGCCAGUAUCCGGUAUGGAACGGGAAAGGAAAGUGAGUAUGAGAUUGCAUCGUGGUGCCCCAGUCAAUAUCUCCUCGUCUGAUUUAACAGGCCGACAAGAUACCUCUCGCAUGUCAACUUCGCAGAUUCCUGCUCGGGUUACUACCAGUGUUCUCCAGUCUGCUGUGCACCGGUGAAAAUUAUUUUGCCAUGGAGGGCAGAUAAUGCAUGGCUGAUCUCCCAUGUUAUCAAUGGCUUUACUAGCAAAUAUACCCUAAACUAGAGCGGAAAUUGGAGUUCUCCAUGUGACCUAAAAAGCUCUUGGAGGAACAUGCAGAGACUCCAGCAGCUGCCAUUACAGGACGCUUUUGCCAGAAACCCAAUGACCUUAAGAGAACCCUGUGGUAACAGGGCUGGAAAAGAAAGAUGGUUUACAGAGUUCACCGCCUGUUACUGGAUGGCCAUUUCAGUUUUCCCUCCACAGGCGGCAGACUUUACUCCCUUUUUAUUAUUCUACUGUAACUAUAAAUCUUUUACUUGGUUUAAGAAAGUUUUUUGUAUCAUUUUGCUAAAAUUAUUGGCUUACUUCUCUGUAAAGAACUCUUGCUUUUGUCUGAUUUAAAAAUGUAGAGUAUAAACAAACCUGAACUAAAGAUAAUGACUUGAAAUUUCUUGUUUAAAAGAUUAGUCUGCCAGGGAACAUGUAAAUGAAUCAAAACCAUCUGCUGUUAUUUAAAUUGUUUACUUUCACGUAUUGUCCCAUUCUGAGUUGGUUUUUUCAUGAAGAUUUUAAAACUGUUAGAAGUUUAUUUUACUGUUUGCUGUCUUCAUUCACACUGGACAUUUAACUUUCUGUGUAGCACAAAUGAAUUUUUUAAUACUCAUUGUGUUUCAUAGAAGAGGAUAACUAAAUACCCUGCAGGAGAGUCUUAAGUAUAGUAGAGAUUGUAAUGAUGAAUUUCUUUUUUGUAAAGAACAUUAAGAACAAAGUAAAAGACUGGCACUUGAGGGAUUUAGAAUUAGAAAGCUUGUUCUGUCUUUCUGCUUAGUUUGGGUGAAUGGAUACUUUCAAACAUUGUUUUUACUCAGAAAAUUUUGUUUCUUCUCCGCUGAGGCUGAUUAGCUUGGAGACUGUUACAAGUGCAAAAUAGACAUUGCUGCUGAAUCUUCAGAGAAUUUGCAUGUUUCAUUCAGUAUCCACAUGUUUAUAAAUAAAUACAGUGAUUUAGGCCUUCUGUUACAUGCCAAGACUCAAAAAAGGAAUUCUUAUACCAAAAAAAAAACAAAAACUAAACACCCUCACAAACAUAGUAACCUAUUCUUGCCAUAAAAUCUUGAGAAUUUUUACAAUUCAGAUGCAUAUCAUAUUUAAUUCUUAAGUAUAUUUAACCUGAGAAUGCCCAGAGUAAUUUAGCUAGGCAUGAAUGACUAAACAUGCUCAGGUUGUUGCAGGUAUUGUUGGCUCCUGUUGGUUAUGAAAUAUGGGAAAUUCUUCAUACUGUCUGUUACUGUAAAUGGUCUUGUAAAAGUACGUGUUCUGUCCUUACGGUACUUGGAACAGUACCAGAACUCUUUAUGACUGAAAUUAUGGGAAGUUCUGUGCUGGAAGGUAUGUACAGAGAUUUUGUUUGAACAGUUAGGUAUUUUGAGAAAUGGAGACAAUUUUUAAAGGUAUAUUGGUCUGCAGAUUUUUAUGAAGAGUAGUUUUUAUUUUUUGGGUGUUUACAAAUUCUUUUUUGCCCCUCUCAAAAGUCCCCGUAACAAGAAUUAUCAUUCUUCUUUGGAUGCUUUCAUAACAUUAGCUAUUUGCUUGUGUGUACUCUGGGUCAGACUGGGGAAAUGUGUGUUUGGGGAGAGUAUAGUGGAAAAGUGCAAGAAUUUGAUUGAUUGGUAAGUUUGCAUAAGAGAGUUAUUUCCUCAGUUACGAUAGACUUCGGUAUUUUAGGCAUGUGCACUACCAUUUGAGCAGUUUUACACUUCACUGUGCUUUUCUUGUAAAUACCUGUGGUUAAUAGUGUAGUGUUUGAGGGACUGAAAAAAACAGGCUUUUUAUUUCCUAUGUAUCUGGACCAUUAGAUUGCUGUACUAUACUUAAAAGUUGACUGCAGAUUUCUAGAAUUGUACUCACUUGUGGGCAGUUUUUGUCCUCAUAAUAGCUAAAUUCCAUCAUGCAGAAAAUAGUUGGACUGUCUAUAUAAACCUGUGUACAAACCAGUAUCUCAAAGCACUUCAUUUGUACUACCACUGUAUUUGUGUAAUUUAACAGUUGUGUAAAUACAUUCAUAAUAACUUCUGUUCUUCUUGGUGUAACUUACUGACUUGCAAUGAAUCUUCACCAUUUACCUGAUGCAACUCUUUUCUUUUUUCUCCUUUCUUCCUUUUUUUCUUCUCUUUUCUCAUUUCUCUCUUCUUUUUUCUUUUUUUCAAGGGAUUUCUGUACUUGCAAAGAAUAUUGUCAGUUGCAAACAUUUGAAGAUACUGUCUUGGUAGCAAAACUUUCAGUGAAAGAGUUUGGUAGUUAUGAUCCUGGGGUGUACAGGAAGAAAGAGAAAGCAUUAAUUACUUUGCUCACAGAAAGCAUACCUUUUUGCCAAUUUAAAGGUAAAUGUUUUUGUUUGGAUACUUCUUUUUUUUCCAGAAGUUUUUAAUUUUGUACAAAAGCUUUUGCGUAUCAAGUAAUGCAGGGUAUUGAUAAGAAAGUCUAGUAGGGGAAUUGAGAUUAGAUCAGUUAUGGUAGCUAAGAUAAAGGCAAGAAAAAUAGUGAGCUGUACUCACAGUGGUGCCCUGUAUAAUAAAAUUCCAGAUUUUGCUAUGUGAUUCUCAAAAGUCUAUUAUAACGUGAGGGUAGGCGCACCUUCAGGAACCCUCUGUAUUUUCUUAUUUACAGACCUUUAGAAGUUGGAAGGAUAUUUUAAUUUCUUCUCAUGGUUUUCACUUAAAAUUGUGUAUAUGCUUUUAUAUGGAAAAUACCACCUGUGCCGCUGUUUUACAUAAUCUUGAGUGGUUACAGAGUCCUUGAGUUUUUGUGGUACAAGUACUUUAAAAAAAAAAAAGAAAAUAAAUCCUCUGCUUUAAGAGAGCUAUUAAGAGAAAACAUUUGAGUCCAUGUAUUCCAUGUUAGCUUCAUGAAAAUAUUCAAAGUACUCUUUGGAGGAAGGCAUGUUGAUGAAGUCAUAGUUUCCAGUAGGAAAAAUGUUAUGAGCAUAACUACUUAUCUUUGUUUCCUCAUGUCCCAGACCCUUGAGUAUAGCAUUGGCUAGAGGAGCAUACAUGUUGAUUUCAAAAAUAUUUAGUUUCUCUUUUAAAAUAAUUAAGUAAAAAGGUGUUGAUUUUGUUCUUUGACUUUUGCUUUACAAGAGGUGCACUUUGUGUACAAAAUACCAAAUUAAAACAAACAAUGCUACUGUUUUUUUAAUUGUGCUGGGCCAUCUGUUCAGAAAUCAAAAUUUAAGCUUUGAGAUUGUGAGCAAGUGUAAUCCAUCAUGAACUUAAUCCUACAGCAGCUUCUAAAAUUCACUGGAUGAGUUAGGUCAAUAAUAAAAAGGUUUUACUGUGAAAGAA